GUGUGCUUACUAGCAACCACUUUCAACAUUUCUGCAAAGCUAGAGAAGGGUUCCCAGUGCCGAUUCCGACACUGUGAGAAGGCCCUUGGCAGUGACACUGUGUGCUCAUUAUGGAGAGAGGGAAAAUGUCUAGAUCCACUUUGCAGAUUUAGACACAUGGAAAUGCAGCAAAACUGCAGUAUUUCAUGCUUCUGGGAAACUCAACCUCUUGGUUGUGUGAAGAUCAGUUGUAUCUUUUAUCACAGCAAACCUCGUAAUAUCAAUGGAUUAUUUUUGCCACCAAGUAGCAAUAUCACACUACAAAAAGAUACUCAGGAAGGAGCUCCACCCUUGACCCAGAGUGAGGAACCCCUGAAACCUCAGGAGAAUAUAUCACGACCCAUUCACCAUCCUUUAGUUUUAAAAACUAACUUUGAGGAAGAAGAGGAGGGAGGAAAUGAGCAAAAUGAUGCCUCUAGUUUAUGGACAAAGACUCCUGAAGAAAUUGAAGAAAAAAGAGCAAUAAAGGAGAUGUGUUACAAAUCUGGUGAAUACUACAGAGUUCACACUCCUCCAGAUAUUUCAGCAUCAAAAAGCACAGCCUCUACAGCAGAGAAAGAGUUAGAAAAGCCUUUGGAAAAAGGCAGUGAAUUGCAAGAAGGGGAUGGGCUUACAAUUCCAACAAAAUUCAGCGUAAUUGAAAGGCAGGGUGAGGCCAAAGCAUCAUUGGAUAGGAAACCCAGGACUGACAUGGCUGCUUUUGAAAAUGGAGGAGGUGACUGUUAUGUUCCACAGAGGAUCAUAUUUCUCGGAGUAGAUGAAAAGAAAGAGAAAGAAAUCAUCGUGUCAAAAUGUUCGAAUACUAAAGGAUGUUCCCUAACUACCUGACUAGCACCCACAAUGCAUGUAUUAAAUGCUACUGAGAAUAUCAGUUUGAAGUGCAGAGAGGACCACUCUUCAAUGAAUGAUGUCCAGCCAGUGAGGAAGCCUCAUUUUAAAGGUGUGAAAAAAAGAAAAUGGGUUUAUGAUGAACCAAAGAACUUUCCUGGCCAAGGAGUGCGGAGAGCAGUACAGACCCCAAAUCCAAAGAAUAAAACAAGUUACCACCGCAAUAAUAGAGACAGGAACGCUGAGAAUGCCUCCUAUAUCCAUGUCCAGAGGGAUGCCGUCAGGGCCGUCUCACUCAAUGUACCUCCCUGCAGCAGGCCCACGAAUGGCUUCUACAAUAAAGUCAACGUUAACAAGGAACCCAGCCUCAGUCUCUGUCCAGAUAAAUAUAUGUCAACAUCAUAUAAUGGUUCAGCCUGGCGAAAAAGAAUUCCUUUUUCAAAAGCAUAUUCAAAAACUGAAAAGAUAUAUACAGAGCCAAGAAGAAAUGGGAGCAAGUAA